GUCAACUUGUGUCAAAGUCAACAACGAGGAACGGAACGAGAAUGCUGAAGUCGUCGCAUUUAUGAGGGAACUGGCAAUGUAUCAAAGCCACCGCGACUGACUUUAUCACAACUUUUCGUUGCUGUAUGUAUUUUCCUGUAUUUCAACUUUCAACAAGUCAUCCAGCUUGCGAUUGAUUAAAUGAUACAUACUGUAACUAUACAUUGUUUUGAUAAGCAAUUAAAGGAGGUCUCAAAAACAGAUAUCUGUCACUAUGGAACUUCUAGAUGUUAUGAAAAAUUUAACUAUAAAACAUUUACCAAAUGACAGUGAACAGCAGCUGUUUAAAUCCAUAGCUGCAGAUAUAGAUGAUGUUCCAACUGAAAUAGUUUUAGCUGAGUAUACUGAUAAAAUUUUACUUAUUGUAUCACAAUAUCAGAAGAUUGGAAGUAUGUUAAUGAUACAAAAAGACCAAGUUCAGAGUCCAUUAGGUACUAAUGACAUUUAUACAACAAAAGUUAUUUUUGGUGCUACAGGAGAAGAGCAGCAAGUUGCAGCAAGAUACUUAGCAGAAGCAAUUAAAAUAUCAAAACCACUCUGCAUUUUCAUAAAUCUGAAAUCAUAUGAUAUUGAGACUGUUAAAGCUUGUAAAGAUAUUAUUUUGGAUUUAAAGAAACCUGAAGAAUCCUAGAUGGAUACCAUCUCUAUCAUUUCUAAUGCAAAACGAUUUAAAUCUAUAGAUAAGUACUAUGGUCAACUGGUUUUGGGUCCUCCUGGAGCAGGAAAGACUACAUACUCUUAUCAAAUGUCUAAACUUUUAAAAAAGUUAGGAAGACAAGUCAUUGUGGUUAAUUUAGAUCCUGCUAACGACACCAUGUCCUAUAAACCAGAUAUUGAUAUAAGGCAAUUAAUUGUACUAGAAGAAGUUAUGGAUCAGUACAAUCUUGGUCCCAAUGGAGCUCUAUUAUAUUGUAUGGAGUAUUUAGAAGAAAAUAUUGAUUGGCUUCUAAGUCAAAUAAAAGGCGAAAAUUACACUAACUUUAUAUUUGAUUUGCCUGGACAAGUAGAAUUGUACUGUCACCACAGGAGUUUGAGCAACAUUUUUUCUAAGCUGACAAAUCAUGGCAACAUACAGUUAAGUGUAGUGCAUUUAGUAGACUCACAUCAUUGUUCCGAUGCUGGAAAAUUUAUAGCAGCUUUAAUGCUCUCAUUGAAUGCCAUGUUAAAAAUUGGAUUGCCUCAUAUAAACUUACUGACAAAAGCUGAUUUAUUGAAAAAGCAUAUGGAUAAAUUACAGUUUGGAAUAGAUUUUUACACAGAAGUCCUCGAUUUAAAUUAUUUACUUGAAUGUCUUGACACUGACACUUUUACUAACAAACAUAAAAAAUUAAAUAGGGCAUUUGUGUCUAUAAUCGAGGAUUAUAGUUUGGUAACGUUCCAGCUGGUUAAUUUAUGUAAAGAAGAAAGUUUAUUAAGUGUUAGCAAAUCAGUGGACAAAUCUUGUGGAUAUGUAUUUAAGGCUAAAGAAGGCCGCCAUAUAAAUAGUAUGUUAGCUUGUGCUAUGGGUGUUAGUGAACCAGUUGACAUUGAUAAUCUUUAAUAAACACAUUUUCCUGA